UUCCCUUUAUUAUAAUCACAGGCAACCAAAUUAAGUAAUGUCCCCCCAGCGCUGCCACCGUUUCUCAUCCUUCCCUUCUUGCUUCGGCCGUUCCGCCACCGCAGACGACCAUCAGACGCCGGUUUCUCCGCUGCAAAAGUCAGGUAAAAUUAACUUCGCCGCCACAAGUCUCUACAACACAAAGCUAGGCCUGUUUUCCCUUACCUGGUCCUGCACCUUCCUCGGCCACUCCCUCCGCCUCCAACUCCACCCUUCCUCCCACUGCUCUCCCUCUUCUCCUCUCUCUAUUCAUCCCUCCCUUUCCAACUCCACCCUCCAUUUUCUUCUCAAUUUCGAUUCUUUUUCUUUUUGGAAGAAAAAUGGUUGUAAAAAGCUCAGCUGUUCAUCAGUCCCUAACGUUAAGGUAUUCUGGGACUUUUCCCGGGCAAAGUUCGGAUCCGGGCCUGAGCCCGAAUCCGGGUUCUUUGUUGCUGCUGUUGUUGAUGGCGAAAUGAUGCUUCUUGUUGGUGAUGCUAUCAAAGAAGCUUAUUCCAGAACUAGAGCUAAAAGGUGUAGGAGAAGCCAAGGUCAUGUUUCGAGAAGAGAGCAUGUAUUUGGCAACCAAGUGUACAAUACAAAGUUAAGAUCCGGAGGCAAAGAGAGGGAGAUUUCGAUUGAUUGUCAGGUAAACGACGAUGCGAAGCUCUGUUUCAGCGUCGAUAACGAAAGGGUACUGCAAAUAAAGCGGCUUAAAUGGAAAUUUAGAGGCAAUGAGAGGAUCGAAGUUGAUGGGGUUUCGAUACAAGUCUCGUGGGACGUUUAUAAUUGGCUGUUCGAUAAGGAUUUGAGCAAUGGGCAGGCGGUUUUCGUGUUAAAGUUCGUGAAAGAAGGCUCUGAGAUCGUGGAAGGUGAUCAUCAUCGGCAGGAAAAGGAUGUAAAGAAGGGUGUCGUUUUGUGGCAACAAAGUUGUAGUAGUGUUGGCAAUAAUGGCAUUGAAUUGAGAAAGAGGAGGAGAAGCUUAUUGAGGACUGCUAGAAGCUCAUCGUCGUCUUCGAUAUCGAUGUCGUCGGCUUCAUCGGGAUCUAGCUCGUCGGUGAUGGAGUGGGCAAGCGUGGAGGAGAGUGGUUUAAGUGCUCCCACUGGCUUCUCCUUGGUCGUUUAUGCAUGGAGAAAGUGAAAGAUUCCAAUUUUCAAUUAUCACUAACCCAUUUGUAGAACUAGAAACUAUAGUUAUUAUCAUUAGAUAGAUAGAUAUAUAUAACCAUUUCCAUUCGGACUUAAUGAAUUGUGUAGUUUGGUUGUAGUCAAAGAAGACAUACAGAUUUAAUAAGAAGAAGCAAUUCCCUUCCCUUUC